CAGGAGAAAUAUUAGUAUCAAAGAAUGACAACUGCUUCACCAAGUGGAUGUGUUGUGCAAGAGGUCAUUAUUUACAGCUACCAACUUUAUUGAACUCUUCCUUACAUUUCAUCCUUAUUUUCUUUUAGAAGUGGAAAAACAACUUAGGUUUGAUGUUUUGUGUGCCAUCAACUGAAAUUGGGGCCAUCAUGAAUAUAACCAAGGGUGGACUGGUGCUGUUUUCAGCUAAUUCCAAUUCGUCAUGCAUGGAACUAUCAAAGAGGAUUGCUGAGCGCUUAGGAGUUGAGAUGGGGAAGGUUCAGGUUUACCAAGAGCCAAACAGAGAAACAAGAGUGCAGAUUCAGGAGUCUGUGAGAGGAAAGGAUGUAUUUAUCAUCCAAACAGUUUCAAAGGAUGUGAAUACUACGAUCAUGGAACUCCUGAUCAUGGUGUAUGCCUGUAAAACCUCCUGUGCCAAAAGCAUUAUUGGAGUGAUUCCUUACUUCCCAUACAGCAAACAGUGCAAGAUGAGGAAAAGGGGCUCCAUUGUCUCUAAAUUACUGGCUUCAAUGAUGUGCAAAGCUGGACUAACUCAUCUUAUUACCAUGGAUUUACAUCAGAAGGAAAUACAGGGCUUCUUCAAUAUUCCAGUUGAUAACUUGAGAGCAUCUCCAUUUUUACUACAGUACAUCCAGGAAGAGAUACCAGACUACAGGAAUGCUGUAAUUGUGGCCAAAUCACCUGCGUCUGCAAAGAGGGCACAGUCAUUUGCUGAGCGCUUACGGUUGGGAAUUGCCGUGAUUCAUGGGGAAGCUCAAGAUGCUGAGUCUGACAUGGUGGAUGGUCGACACUCACCACCUACAGCCAAAAAUGUAGCUGCUAUUCAUCCCAGUUUGGAGAUACCCAUGCUGAUUCCCAAGGAAAAACCUCCCAUCACAGUUGUUGGAGAUGUAGGAGGCAGAAUAGCUAUCAUCGUGGAUGACAUUAUAGAUGACGUUGACAGCUUUCUUGCUGCAGCCGAGACCCUCAAGGAAAGGGGGGCUUACAAGAUCUUUGUAAUGGCCACCCAUGGCCUGCUAUCUUCAGACGCUCCCAGGCUGAUAGAGGAAUCUGCAAUCGAUGAAGUGGUUGUUACAAACACAAUUCCACAUGAAAUACAAAAACUCCAGUGCCCUAAAAUCAAGACUGUGGAUAUCAGCAUGAUCCUUUCAGAAGCCAUUCGCAGGAUCCAUAACGGGGAGUCCAUGUCGUACCUUUUCAGAAAUAUAGGACUGGAUGAUUAAUGCUUUUUUCUUAUAAAGAAACACCCCGGGCCAAACUGGAAGCGAACAGAUAAUGAGCUGUGAAGCAUCAUGCUUACCUUAAUAUUUCUAUUGAGCCACUUUUUGUUUUCUCUUGGGUUAAGUAUCAAGGUAGAACAGUUUUUAAGAGCUAUUUUUUUCUUUGCAGGUUUUUUUUUUUGUUUGGGGGGGGUUGGGUGGGGAAUAAACAUUUUACAAAAAACUGUUCUAGUUGCUUUUAGGUUAGUUGCACUAUAUACAUGAUGGAAAAAAACCCACAAAACACUUGAGGCAAGAAUUUGGCUUCUAAAUUAAGCAUUCCUUUUCCAAAGCUGCUUGCUACAAGUGCUUUAAGAGAGAAUAAAAUGAAGUGACUGUAUAAUAUUUGCAUUUUGAAAGCCAAAAAGGUUGUACUGUUGUAUGCAGUUAAGUGAUUUUGUAGGAAUGCUUUUAUAGAAAAGCAUAUGAAAUAUGCACCUGUAUUUAUUUUCUGCGACAAAGAAUAAAGACUUGUUUUGUGUGAGCUUUC